AUCUCACUCCCUUGUGAUCUUCACUGAACGGAUUAUUACACCACAGCCCAACGAGGCACUAACAUCACCAGCUGCAACCUGCUGCUAUGUGCAAAGGAUUAGCAUCUCUGCCUACCUGCUGCUUGGAAAGGGCCAAGGAGCUGAAAGCCAGACUAGGAAGCAUCAUGCAGAAAUCUAACUGGAAUCUAUCAAGCUGCAAAAUAGGGCAAAAUAAGCCGUCUCUAGAGGAAUGUCUUAAAUGGAAAGAGUCCUUCGAACAUCUCCUGUCCAGCAAAUACGGACUGUGUGCCUUCACAGCCUUCCUGGUAUCAGAGUUCAGUGAGGAAAACAUUGCUUUCUACUUUGCCUGUGAGGAUUACAGAAACACCAAGUCUCCUGCCAAACUCCAAACCAAAGCACAGAAGAUCUUUGAUGAAUUCAUCGGCAGUGAUGCUCCCCGGGAGAUUAACAUCGACCACGAAACUCGCGACCUCACCAAAGCCAACAUGCUGGCGCCGUCACCGUCAAGCUUCGACGCAGCCCAGCACAAGAUCUACAUGCUCAUGGCAAAAGACUGCUACCCACGCUUCCUACGCUCUCCAGCCUACAAGGAUCUAGUGUGCCAAGCCAAGCCGAGCACCAAGGCCACCAAGCAGCCCCGGCAGGAGAAGAAGGCGUGAAAUCUCCCUUCAUAGAGGAUUGUUAAUGGUUCGCCUUAUGGGUUGAAAAUGGCAUUAGAGGCAUGGCAUUUUAAUGCUGCAUCUAGAAGCUGAGCCCGGAUGCAGAUGUGGAGAUCGUCGUGAGAACGGCAGUGGAUAGGCAGGUUCACAAGCCCCCCUGUUAAGGAAGAAAUAAGUUAAAAGAAAGGAAAAAGGGGGGAAAGCUGAUACUUUCAGUGGACUUGUGUAUGAAUUGUGAUGAAGCUUGGACAGUUACUAAAAGACUGACACAUGAACAGUGAAGGAAGAAGUUGGAAAGCACUUUUCUUUGCCAUUAGGCAAACUUUAGUUGUUGUGAUGUGCAAUGUUCCUUUUUGAAAGUCUUGAACAUGGGUAUUUUGUAUUUAUUUGUAUUUAUUUGCAUGUUUUUUUGUUUCUUUCUUACCAAGAUGAAGAGGAAUGUGCAAUUUAAUUUAUAAGAUAUUUAUACCACUGAUGUCUUUUUGUACAUACCUGAAAACCAA